CAAAGGAGAAUGUUGCUAAUCUCAGCAUGGAAGUUGGUGAGGAAAACGGUGCCAACGUCCACUUGAAAAGACAGAGAGCCCCUCUGUCAGACUCUGAAGACAAUGUCUUCCCCCCAUCAGAGGGGAAUGAUGUCCAGAAGCGACGGCGUCUGGAGUUAGCUGGUCAGGAGAAUCGUAGUCCUAAACCAUCCUCCUCUGGACGCCUAGCUGAGCUAGACACAAAGCCGGACACCCCGAUGGUUCCUUCAGUCCGGUCCAGGGUCCAGCAACUCACCCAGAGACGAGAGGGAGGAGCUCCUCUGGCUCAGCGGUGCCUGUCGGAUCCUGGGACUGACAACCUAUCAUUCAUCAUCCAUGAAAAGGGCUUCAGAGAGCAUCUCCUUGGUCAGGGAGAAUUCAAUCAGCGAAUGGAGCGUUUUAAAGUGCCAGUCUUCCAACCUGGUCCCACUCCAACACCGAGCCCUGCCAGCGCCUCCCCGCGGACCCGCUCCAACUUUGUGUCGGCCAUUCAGGAGAAACUCCACGGCACUCCAGCACCCAGCUCCAAGCAGGCUUCUCGCAUUCGCCAGGAACGGGAACAGGAGUUGAACCAGUUGCCUUUCCAACCAAUCAGUGAGAACGCCUGGCUGAAAAGGAGCAGCUCUGAUCCGUCGUUAUCUCAGCAGGGAUGGACCCCCUCUGCCCCCUCAUCUCCCUCCUCCUGGGUUCCUAGCUCUAGAGUGAGAGUCCAUUGGCCUCCUAUGCAGUCCUGGGAUCAGAUAGAUGGUGACUCUGAGAUGAAAGAUGGCAGCUUCACUGAAGCUACUACAUCAUGUGCAAAGAAGCAAACUUCAGAUGGGACAGGUGAAAGGGCACCCAGUGACUCUGAAGCUCCCAUAGAGCUUGACAACUCUAAUGAGGGGCAGAUGCACGCCGAAUGGAAAGAGCAAAAUCCUCGUCGAGGUGAUGAAGUGAGGGAGGAGGAAGGAAAUAAAGACAAGCAGCCAGAGACCCAACAACCACAGACCCAGACCGUCUUGAAGCUGUCUUUUAGCGAGGAUCAGAGUUUUUCCAAAGCACCUUUUGGUGACGACCAGAAUGUCUCAGAGUUGCCUACGGGUAUUGAGCAAAGCUUGCUAGAAUCAGCUCCUGCGGAAGAGUCAGACAUGAAGGACACGGUUGAAGUUUCCAUAGUAACUGAACAGGGCAGGUCUGAAGUGUUUUCAUAUGAAGAAAGAGACAGCGAAGGCGGGAUUGAGCCUUCAACAGAUGAGGAGUUACUUUCGUGGAGAUAUCCUCAAGACAAGGAGGACUCUAUCGUAGCUGGAGAACAGGAGGAGGAUGUGUGUGUAAAAGAGGAGGAAAGGGAGUUGGAAUCAUCCAGAGUGGAAAAUGUGAAACAAAGCUGUGAGGCUGAUCACAGUGAGCUCUCUGACCUCCAGGGUGGUGAAUGUUGUUUGGUCAAUGUCUCUGCUGAGAUGGCUAGUUCCAUUGAAAUGCAGGAAGAUGAGAAACCUAGACCUGAGGAUGAGUCACAAAACUGUUUAGAUAAUUAUGUGAAAUACCAAUCUAAUUCAAGCAGAGACAUGGAGUCCUGUGGAGGACUUCAUGAGGGAGCAGAUACAGAAGAUGUUGAUAGUGUCACAAUAAAACCAAACCACAAAGACACAGGAGAAUGUAGUCAAAGGAGUGAUGUCUGUCAACAGUCAAAUGAGAUCCAGACAGUCGCUGUAAAAGAAGACAACAUGGCACUAGAGUCAGACCAAAAUAGCAGCGUGAUACAAACGGAUGCAUCUACUUCAACUGAUGCUGCUCAGUCUCUGAUGGACACGCAGACUGGGUGCACAGAGCUCGAUCAAAAUAUUGAAUAUGUAGCAAACGUUCAGGCUGAAUCAGACACUGAUUGGAAUGAUGGAGCUCAGAAUUUGACAGAUGUCCAGGUGUCGGAUCAACUUUUGGAGAACAAGGAAAUGGAGCAAGACGCAGUAAAUGGAAGGCAGGUUGUUGUAAAUGAGCCGAGAGAAAAAACUCACAAGGCAAAGGGAGGAGAGAGCUCAAAGAAAGUCACCUUCAUCCUGGAACCUGAGCUCAUCAAUGACUCAACCCUGUCCGAGGCCAAUACCUCCACUGAGUCCAGGGCAGAGACGAGUAUGUCAGAUGCCGAGCUGAACUCCCAUGAUGAGUCCAACACGGCUGAAAUAAUCGACCAGAUGUUCGACGAGGUGCUGGAAUACGCUGGAAGAAUGGAAGAGAAGAGGAGGGGCGACGAAGACACCGAGGACCACGACAGUGGCAUCUGCGUUUGCCCCAGGGACAAAGACAAGGUGGAUACGGAGUCGGAGAAGGAGAAGAGUGAAGAAGAGGGGGAGUCCAAAGAAGAAGAGCACGAUGAGAGCAAGAAGCUUGAAAGCAACAGAGAUGAGCUAACUUUUCCUCCCAGCGGUAUUCUCUCACCUCUCAGCAAGUCUGUAGAGGCUGUGGUUACCCCUCUGCGACUGGCAGCGAGCCAGGAGUCCAAUCCUUCCUCCCUGCUCUUGACUCCAGUAGAGACCAGCACCACCCCUAUUGCUGAAUCUGCUCCUCUCUACAGUAUCGAUGCCUACCGCACACAAAGACAGAGUAAGCUGCCCACCAUUCAGAGCGUCACUCCUGGUGUUCAGAGACGAGCUCCAGAGAAGUCCCAACCUCAACCCUCCAUCAACACCAAGGAGAAAAUCACGGCUCUUAAUGAAGAAGCAGGGAAGCUGCAGACUGUGAUCAACCAGACCCUGCAGGCUCUGAGCUGCUGUACUGAUGAGGAUCACGGACGGGGCUCGCUGGAGGAGGCUGAAGCUGAAAAGCUACUCUUGGUCUCCUGUGAGAAACGCUCGGCCCUGCUGGCAGAGGUGGCCAGACUGAGAGAGGAGAGGAACUCAGAGUCAGGAGAGGACAGUGAGUAUGUUUCCCAGCAGGCCUGCAGAGGGACCAUCAGCAUCACAAAGAUCCAGCUGCCUCUCAAGGUGGAAUUUGUCUGCUCUUCCCACAAGCGCACAGGUCGGCCAAGUCACUACUUUUUCGUCCUGAUCCGCUACGGGCCCUGCAACAUUGUCGCCACCCCGCUGGCCACAGCUGCUGAUGCUCAGAAUGGAGACACCAUCUCCUUCCCGACUUCCGUCACUCUGAAAGAUAUCCGCUCAUCCUUUGAGAUUGAUGUGGAGGUCUACAGCCUGUCCCACACAUCCGGUAGUAACUGCAGCGUGGACCGGACCACCACCAAGUCCCGGGUCACGCCAAGAAAGCUUCUGAACACUAUCACAAGAUCCAGUAACAGUCUGACAUCUACUGUUCUUCCCGCUCUCAACACUCGUCGCUCCAGCAACUUUUGUCUGGUGGGCUCCCACAAGAUCACCUUGGCCUCACUGGGAAACAGCAAGUUCCCUCUGGAUAAGAUGAAACUUGAGGGCAAAAUCAGGAGGCUGCUGGGAGAUGAAUUUCAGGAAAAGGUGCCUUUUCUCUCACCUCUAGAGGGCAACAUCUACCUGCGAAUGGACAGCGAAAGUCACUCUAAUGUUCAGCACCAAGGCUUCCUGACCAUGUUUGAGUUGAUCAGUGGAUACGGGGUGUGGCAUCGCCGAUAUUUUGUUCUGGUGGGAUGCAACAUGUACUACUGGAACCACCCCAACGACCAAGAAACUAAGGAGGCAGAGGGCAGCAUUUCUCUGUCCAGCUCCCACAGUCGGUGUGUCAGGCCUGUGAAGAGAGACUCCUGUGCUCGCCCCUUCACCUUCGAGCUGGUCAGCAACGUCCCACAGCAGCAGGACGCCAAGUGUUGGUUUUCAGCCGACACCAAACAGGAGAGACUGGACUGGAUGGAGAAAUUCAACCAGGUGCUGUUGGACUUUCACACGUGGAACCGAACAUCAGCAGCCCAAACAGAGAGUCAGCAGUCCAGCUCGUCCAGCAGUGGGAACCUGAGGGAGAGCAUACUGUAACUAGAUCACUAAACCAGCAAACCCACUCACAUGUGCUUUUCUUAUAGCGUCAGCUGCCUGGUGUUCAUUAAAACACACAGUGGAAUCUGCUUUAAUGUGGUGGGUAGACGAGGUGCUACCAGGGUUUAAAUUCUUUAUCUCAGAGCUGCAGGAGAUUUUUCUUUUUUGGGAGACGUCUAUUUGAUUUUCUUGCUAUUGUUUAUUUCUUUUUUUUUAAUCUGAAUCCAAUCUGUACGGUUGGGUUUUUUUUUACUUUUAUUUGCCAACUAACAGUUGCCAUUUGAACAUUUUUAGUUUUUCUUUAUUAUGAUUUUUGUUGAAAAGGUUUUAUUUUGACUGUUUUUGUUCUGUGGCAAUCAGCUGCUUUAGCCUUUUGUUGGCAAUAUAAUUUGGUCACUUUGAGUAGCUAAGGGGAAUCUUCUUGUAGCUUAUAUAUUUUGACAUAAUUUACACAUGUAUUUAGAAUCGUAUUGUAUUUUUGUAUCAUUUAAACUGGAAGGAAAAACAAAUUAUAUAGAUACAUUAAUAAAUAUUGAAGGUGAAGGAUGUCUAUAACUACUAAACUAAUGUAGGAUGAGAAUGUAAUUGAAAUGGUGGGAAACACUACGAGUUAUUAGAAUAUGGAAGGAAUGCUAGCUCGUUGGAGCCGUUAUUAGUCAUUCAGACACGCAGUAGCUGCUUCUGUUGGGUGAAAUAAUGAGGUUUGGAUCACAGGCCGGGUCAAUCCAGUCUAGGUGGAAGCCAGCUGAUAUUUGACUGUUUCUUUAUAAUGUGAUAGAACAACACUUGGUGCCUUUUUUAACUAAAGAAGUAACCAGUUAAAAUGCCAUCACUUGGGGUUUUUCCCCAGUGCCCCUGCAAUGUUCCCUCAUAUUCCCAGGUACAUGAUUUGUAUUACUGCAGAUACUUAAGCCCAUAUAAUUAAAUAUUUAAACCUAUAUUGUAUGUGUAAUACAGUUGAUGAGGUCAAAGAAUGAAUGUAGUCUGUUCUGCCUGAUGUCUCUGUUCUUUUACAUGUAUGUCCACCUUUCAGUCUGUCACUGUCAUAAAUGUUAUUCAUGUGAACUCUCAUUCUAUGCACUUAAUUGGAAGUAUACAAUAAAUUGAUUUGA